AUGCAGAUUCUUGAUGUGUCACACAACCUUCUGACUACAAUCCCAUCUGAGUUUAUCACAGCUUGUGGAAGCAUAGAUGGGCUAAAGCUACUCAAUUUCAGUUAUAACAAUUUGACUGAUUCCUUGCCUAGCUUUGUUGGGUUUGCUGGGUUGGAGUUCUUGGACCUCUCUCAUAACAGUUUGUUUGGGAGCAUUUCCUUGGAGCUGGAUGGGUUGAUUGGGCUUAAAAGCUUGAACCUUAGCUUCAACCAUUUUGGAGGGUCUGUUCCUACUCAUCUUGGGAAAUGCAUGGUUUUGGAGGAGCUUGUGCUUUCUAACAAUGGAUUUCACGGUGUAAUGCCUGUUGAAAUUGUGGGCUAUCAGAAUUUGACUCUGAUUGAUCUAAGCACAAAUAGUCUUUACGGGUCUAUUCCUCAGGGAAUGGGAGAUCUUUCCAAGCUGGAAGUUUUGAUUCUAUCUUCAAAUAUGUUAAAUGGGAAAAUCCCCGCCACACUUGCCUCCAUGAGUAGUCUGUUAGAACUCCAACUUGGUCAGAAUCACUUGAAUGGUGACAUUCCAAGGAUGCCUACAUCUUUGCAGAUUGCUUUAAAUCUCAGUAACAACCUGUUUAAAGGACGAAUUCCGAAGCAUUUUUCCCUCCUCACGGAAUUAGAAACUUUGGAUCUCUCAAAUAACAAACUCUCAGGUCGGAUACCCUCAUUUUUAGCGGAUCAAUUGGGAGCCUUGACACAAUUGUCACUUUCUAACAACCAGCUCUCUGGACCGAUUCCAUACUUCAAGUCUUGGGUCAUGGUCGACGCAACUGGAAAUGAGGGUUUGACGAACGCUCCUCCAAGGCCAGAGAGGAAAGCAAGAUCACAUCAUUUCAAAAUUGUGGAACUGAGCUCCUUGUCAUUUUAUGUAUUUUUUGUUGUUUCCUUUUGGUUUUUUUCGUUCGAUACUUGCCGUAGGCUAUGAUC